AAGUUUGAAACAAGAUAUUAAUAAUGUCAAAAAGAAAAAUUCAAAUCGAAAUAAAGAGGAAAUAAUUUCCACAAGAUUUAAUAGCUAUUAAAAUUCUUGCUAAUGUUAUUAAACUCAAAUCAGAAGACCCUAUUGACGCAAAGAAAAUCUCUUCACGAAUAUCGAUUGUUCAAGCAUUUAAUUUGGAAAUAUGAUAUCAAUUAUUUUAUAAAGUGAGGACGAGGAAUAGCAGACACCAAUGACAGCUAGAGAAAGAAAAGCAAGAAAUAAUCAAUACAGAAGCC